CUUAUUUUUGAUUGGUUAGAAAUUGAACUCUGACGUCAGAUUUGUUUGCUUUGCGGAUUUACUUCACAUGAAGCUACUAUUCAGUCGGUGGUAUAUGCGAAUCUGCACAGUUUUUAUUCACCAUAUUACACUGUUUCUACAAGGGUAAACCGUUGUUGGUAUAUAAUAGACGGAUUUGUAUUUUAGUACGCAUUCUGCAUAUACUCCGUGGUUGGAAAUAGCUAGUAUUUUACGGCAUUGCCAUCACAUUGUAUUAAAUGGCAUUGUAGACAAACUGAAUGUAUGGGCUUAGCAAACAAAUAUAAAAUAAUAAACUGAAUUUCUGUAUUCCCUUAGAACGUCUGUUGAAAUAAAAUUUGUUCACAUUUAUUACUUAUUAGAUUUUUAGAUAAUGAACUUGGAAUCCGGCCAGGUAUUUUUGAAAGGAACGAAGGCAAAUUUCGACGGAGUGGAAAUGGCCAAUGAAGAACAUGGCUCAUCUUCGGCGUCAUCUUCGGGCAUAUUUGCUUCAUUGGAAAGUGAUCCGGUCCACAGCGCGAACGACGACGGCUCUCCGCCAAAGAAGAAACUAAAGGAAGAGAAUGUUAAAGAAAAUUUGAAAGAAAAACAGAAACGUAUCGUACCGAUCAAAAUUAAUAGACCCAAAGGGCUCACCAAAGAAGGCAAAGUUAAUUGGGGUGUUGCUGUUAAAACAGAACCUGAAUCCACAUCGAUAUCAGAAACUGAAGAGUCUACGGUGUCAUCGGAAUCAGAGACUGUCGUUUCACAGAAGAUACUGGAUGCAACUAUCAGUAAACAUUCACGAAUUGUUGAAGAAUCUACUGUUUCUACGGAGUCUGAAGCGGGUAAUCCAGAGAUUGGAAACAAUACACAUGAUAUAGUAAAUCCAAAUGCUAUUGCAAGCACCGUUAUGACUGAUUCUGAAGAUAUUGGAAACCCUAUUGAAAACGAAUCAUUGGUAUCAACAGAAACAGAAGCAAAUGUUCUAAAUCUCUGUCAAACCGAUGCUGCGAGAGGCGAGCUAUCAAACUGUUUGGGAGCUGAGCCUCAGAAAGAAUCGGAGAAAGCUGCAAUCAUUUGUCAAUCAAAUGUUAAUUCUCCGAUGGUUUUGGACAUGGAUGCUCAGCGAACGGUGCUUCUAAAAGAAAACGAGGAAUCUAUCAUAUCUUCAGAAUCAGAUUCUGUCGUUUCGAAAAAUACACCACAGGAACUUGCCUUAAAUGACGCAGAAAGUACCGAAGAUUCCGUAGUUUCUACAGAAUCUGAAGCAGGUAAUGUAGAGGUUGCGAAUGAUACUGUUGGCGGGCGUCCUGUUUUGUUCUCGCAUAAUUUACAUCAGCCUACCACAUCUCCAUUAAUUUUUGCGAAUGCAGUUUCAGAACCGUCAUCUGAAAGUCAUACAGGAGGUGAGAUUUUAACUGAAAAUGAAAACAGAAGCGAUACUUUUCGUAAUUAUGAACAAGCUGUGGGAAACGUUGCCUCUAUGAUGGAAGAGCGGCGCCGUGACAUUGCAGAGAAUUAUGCGAAAGCCGUGGAUCAUGUCGCAUCGAAUUUUGAACCUCCUCCCAUAUCCGAAGCGAAACGACCAGAAGCUCGAAAAGAUUCGGUUGAGAGGCAUCGAGAAAUUGCCGCAAAUUUCUGCAAAGCAGUAGACCAGGUCGCAACCAAUUUUGAAUCUCCUCCAGUAACUGUAGCCGAAAUAUCGGAAGUAACGCGUCAAGAAUCAGGCGAAAGUCGCCUCAACAUCUCAGCUAAUUAUGCAAAGGCUGUAGAUCAAGUUGCUUCUAGUUUUGAGAGCACAUCAAACCGAUCUCAGCCUCCGUAUCCUAACGUAACUGUGCCGUUCAGUCAUCGAUCUGUUUCUUAUGUGUCUGACUUGUCCGAGGAAGCGCAGAACGAGCUGGCGGAUCCGCGUCGUGAUCUUUCAGCCAUAAACCCAUUUGCUAUUUGGGCUCCUGAAGAACCAGUCUCUACGCAAGCUAGUAUUACUACCACUCGUCAACCACCCGUGUUAGCAAGAAGUCAAAAUCUGUCUCGAGGUGAUGUUAAUACACUGACAGAUACCUCAAGAGGUAACAUCCCCUCAGAUAACGGAUCAGUCAUAAAACCAACCGCAGCGGUAAAUACUGCCUUAGUUAAAGAGGAACCGAUGGAUUUUAGUGAUAUUCAGAGAUCGCAUGCAAUUUCUACAAGCUGUGCAAAUUCAGCCAGCCACUCUUUUGUACCACCUAUGCAAACAGAUGUAUCGGCACAUCAAUGCUCUGCUUCUGCUGGCCAAGAUACAGUUGCAAUAACUGCGAGUAUGGCAACAACUGGAGAUGUUCUGUCGACCAAUUCUAAUGAUCCUACUAGUGGACAGGUUGUUACUACCAGUUCAGAGGGUAACGUAAAUACAGUACAAGACAGCUCUGGUACGAGUCAAAAUGAAACGAAUAGCGCCAUACCAGUUAUUCAAUUCGCAAUGCGUCAGUAUCGUCAUAAUUGGCUCAACAGAGGGUUUGAGAUGGCGGAAAAUACCCAGCAGGCCUUUAGCGAUCUGAAACUAAUUCAGCUCGAAGAUCGGGAUCUGGUUUCGAGAUUAAUUUCUAUGGAGCAUUUGAUCGCCGGUAUAGCAAACGGGACAACCAAUCCACAAUCAACGUAUGGUGGAGGCCAAAUCUUGUCAUCUGUUGCACAGCACUCCAAUUUUACCUCAACUAGUGCUGCCCAUUUACCUUCACGGUCAUCCGCACCUAUAUCACCGGCUGGAUUGUUGAUGCCAACCCCGUUUGACCAUACCUUACUACCGACAACAAAGCCUUCAAUGGAUACAAAUCCCCGUAUAUCAACCCCGGGGACUGGUAGACCGGUCUUCAACACACCUAGUUUGGUUUCUCAAACCAAUGUAUCCGAGGCUUCAAAUGGAAAGAAGCCACGAGGGCGACCCCCGGGCUCUAAGAGCUUGGCAAAGUACCCCGGGCCAAUGACUCAAAUGCCAAUUGCACCUAGAGGAAACAUGAGUUUCCUGGGGGUCAGUGCUAAGAGAAAUUCAAGUUCAGCGAGUUCCCAAAUUUCAAAUGGAAAACUAGAGGAAAGUGUCAAGGUUGACGGGACUCCGAAAUACCAAAUUGUUCCAAAAACUAAGUCAAUUGCUACAAAUAAUGUGCUACCAAAUUAUCAACCCAAACCAGACAGUCUUCAACAGUCACAAGCAGCUAGUCUGUCGCAGAACUCCUCAAGCAUUGCCAAAGAAGUUGUUCGUAAUUAUUUGUCGAACGGCACACAAAAUGGGCUCAAUUUAACGCAGACGCCUGAACAAAGACAGAAGAAUCAGCUUCUGAAUAGUCAGAUAGAAGCUCCACGAGAUCUGAACGGAGUCGUGAUUCUGUCGGACGAUGAAGAUGAAAUGAGGCCUGUAAGUUCUCAAAAUGUCUCGAAUGGGAAUAGCCAGGCACUGCAACAUGCGCAAAUGUAUCAGAAUUACGUGCAGCAAAACCAGGUGCAAUACAAUCAACAUCGUGCUCCACGUCACAGUGGUCAGAAUGCAGCGUCCGACUUAUCUCCGGGGUCGCAACGAAAUCAGAGUGCAGGGAAUAAUUCCAUUCGACAGAAGCCAUUACUUCCCCGCAGUUCCACGAAAUCUCAGUCUCAACCAAACGGUCAGGUUUUUCCCUCCGCACCAGUAACCCAAAACAGAGAGAAAGUGUCCAGAAACCAAAGUGCAAAUAGCUACGCAAUUCCACCCAAGCUGGAAUUAAAAGCGGAGAAAACGAAUGCAGGGAAGAAGCAUAACGAAGGGGCAAACUUGACAUGGAGCUUCGCCAGUGCUUCCCAGAAGCUUAGCAACUACAAGAUAGAUAAAUACGAAUUAUUUGCUUACAACAGCUCUAAUGGUAAUCGAACUUGGUUACUGGUAGAAACAAUUAAAGCCUUAGUAUUACCUAUGCAAUGUAUGCUAACUAACCUGACGCCAGGCGUUAUCUCGUUUGUAAUUAGAGGUGUUGAUACUUUUGGACGGAAAGGUGAUUUUUCCAAUGUUGUUUCCAUAGAGAUGAAUAGUUAAUGCCUAAUCUCUGGCAUCGUCAAAAGUCGUCUGCUACUAAUAGUACACGAUGGAUGCAAAUAAUCCGAAUUGAAACAGUUGAUGACGCCGAUUUUUUUUCCUAAAAAGUUGCUUAAAAGCUGAUGAUUUUUGAUUUUGCCAAUAAUUUCGCAGGAACUAUAAAAUUAAUUCUAAUUCUAUAGUUAAUUGUUUUGUCUUAAUUUAUCUGUAAAUC